CCUCAUGCUGUGGGGAUGUUUUCAGCGGCAGGAACUGGGAGGUCAGGAUCAAGCGAAAGAUGAAUGCAGCAAUGUACAGGGAGAUCCUUGAUGAAAACCUGCUCCAGAGCGCUAUGGACCUCAGGCUGGAGCGAAGGUUCACUCUUCAACAGUACAACGACCCUAAGCACACAGCCAAGAUAACAAAGGAGUGGCUUCAGGACAAGUCUGUGAAUGUCCUUGAGUGCCUCAGCCAGAGCCCAGACUUGACCCCGAUUGAACAUCUCUGGAGAGAUCUGAAAAUGGCUGUGCGCCGACACUCCCCAUCCAAGCUGAUGGAGCUUGAGACGAUCUGCAAAGAAGAAUGGGAGAAACUGCCCAAAGGUAGCCCCCUCCUCCAACGCACACNGGUGCACAGCCAUUUUCAGAUCUCUCCAGAGACGUACAAUCCGGUUCAAGACAAGUCUGUGAAUAUCCUCGAGUGGCCCAGCCAGAGCCCAGACUUGAACCGGAUUGUACGUCUCUGGAGAGAUCUGAAAAUGGCUGUGCACCGACGCUCCCCAUCCAAGCUGAUGGAGCUUGAGACGAUCUGCAAAGAAGAAUGGGAGAAACUGCCCAAAGAUAGGUGUGCCAAGCAUGUAGCAUCAUACUCAAGAAGACUUGAGGCUGUAAUUGCUGCCAAAACAAUAACCAACCAGGGUAACUGCUUUCCCGCAGCGGCUCAUGUACAGGCAGAGGCAGACUUCCUCAUCGGCUCGUCUCCAGGCAGCAGGGGCAUUUCCUCAGCCCCCAGGCAGCCCUCUUUCUCCCGUUCCGCGAGCUUUCGGAGCCAGGUCUCCGGCGCGGGUCCCCCAGACCAUGCCGCAGCAGUCGCCAGCCAGCUCUCCCGAAAGAUCAGGGGCGAGGACGGGGUGGGCAGCUGCCGGAAGAAAAAGAACAAGGAAGUCUAG